UCCUCCAGCUUUGACUGACAGCUUUGCUCGCACACUCUGUGUUUGUGUGUGUGCGUGUAUGGAAAGGCUAAGGGGGCGCAGUCUUGGCACGGCCGCGGGGCUUUCGGGAGUUUAAGUGCAGCGUUGAUCUGGAUAGAACACAUCUGCGGCUACUGCACUGCAGAAUGUACGCAAGCUAGCGGGUUGCUUCAGAACUGGGAUUCAUAUCCAGGUCGGGUGUGCGCACGCACGCACGCACGCACACAGAGCGCCACUGUGUUGACUCAAGAGUUAAUGAAUGGAUGACUGGAAGCUGGAACGGGAGCAGCGCCUUGGAAACCAGCCUCUUUUCCCAGGAAGGGAGCACGGGGGACAAAAGAGAGAGGGGGCACCCAAACUGAAAAUUGCCUGUUUACCGAGACCCCAACAAGUGCGGGGGGUGGGGGUGUGGGGGGAGCAAAGGUGGGCCUCCGAGCAUUCCGUGCGGCGCGACCGACAGCCACUAACAUGUACUUGACAAGGAGCCACGGGGGGAAAAGGGGAGAAGCAGCUGUCGGAGGAGGAGAGUGAGACAAAGGAGCGACGGGGGGGGCUGUCCUUACUUGCUCUCCUUGGCGUGGGAGGGGGCACAGUGAGGGACUCGAGGAGCCUCACUCAUUUUAUGUUUGCCGUGUGCAAAGGCGAACGCAUGUGAGAGAGAGGCGGAAUUAAAAAAAAAAAAGAAAACAAGGCCACCCUUCCUCGGGCUUCCACUCCAGCCAUCAUGCACUGCGGGGGGAGGGCUCUCCUUCUUCCCUGGCUCCCCGCGCUCCUGGCGGGGUUCCUGGCGGCCGGCUCGGAGUUCCGGCAUCACCGCUACGAGGACAUGGUGAGAGCUUUGUUCGCCGUGCACAACCGCUGCCCUUACGUCACGCGCAUCUACAGCGUGGGCCGCAGCGUGGAGGCGCGGCACCUCUACGUGCUGGAGUUCAGCGACAACCCGGGCAUCCACGAGCCGCUGGAGCCCGAGUUCAAGUACGUGGGCAACAUGCACGGCAACGAGGUGCUCGGCCGCGAGCUGCUCAUCAACUUGUGCCAAUUUCUCUGUGAGGAAUUCCAGGCGGGAAACCAGCGCGUGGCCAGGCUGCUCUACGACACGCGCAUCCACGUCAUGCCCUCCAUGAACCCCGACGGCUACGAGGUGGCUGCCAGACAGGGCCCCGAGUUCAACGGCUACCUGGUCGGUCGAGGCAACGCGCGCCAAGUCGACCUGAACCGCAACUUUCCCGACCUGAACGCGCUCAUGUACUACUACGAGAAGAGCGACGGACGGAACCACCACCUGCCGCUGCCGGACAACUGGGAGCAGCAGGUGGAACCCGAGACCCGGGCAGUCAUCAAAUGGAUGCAAAACUACAAUUUCGUCCUGUCGGCCAAUCUCCAUGGCGGCGCGGUGGUGGCCAACUACCCUUUCGACAAGUCGCGGGACGCCCGCAUCCGAGGGAGGACCACCUACGCCGCCACUCCGGAUGACCAAAUCUUCCGAAACCUGGCGAGGACUUACUCGUACGCGCACGGCUGGAUGCACAAGGGUUGGAACUGCGGCGACUACUUUGACGAGGGAAUCACCAACGGCGCCAGCUGGUACUCGCUGUCUAAGGGCAUGCAGGACUUCAACUACUUGCACACCAACUGUUUUGAGAUCACGCUGGAGCUGAGCUGCGACAAGUUCCCUCCCGAGUCUUCGCUGGCCGGAGAAUGGCUGGCCAAUCGCGAGGCGCUGGUUGCCUUUCUGGAACAGGUGCAUCAUGGGAUAAAGGGCAUGGUGUAUGAUGAAAACAACAACCCCAUCGAGAACGCCGAGAUCUCGGUGUCGGGCAUCGACCACGACGUGACCAGCGGAGCGGACGGCGACUAUUUCCGACUCCUGUUGCCCGGCACGUACGCAGUGACGGCCUCUGCCCCGGGUUACGCCGUCUCCUCGAGCACCGUCACGGUGGGACCGGCUGGAGCCACCCAGCAUGAUUUUUACUUGAAAAAGGCCCCGAAACAAAACGUCAAGACCAAGCAGCACCACGGCAGGAGGAACGCGGCAUCUCCCAAGUCCACCUUAAAACUGGGCCCGAGAUGAGACGCACGCCCACGUUUUGAAUAAAUAUUGCAAGAAUCGUGUAUUUAUGUAGCACUAUAGAUGCACAUGAAGAUGGCUGUCCUUUUUUUCGGUGGGGAGGGGGUAUUUCCCAUGACGUUAUUUGUUGAAAGUAAAAGUAAAAGACUGCGUUUCUUCUCCUG